CACAUGCUCCUGAGAUGUUUGACAAUUUUAACAGAUACAACGUUUUGCUGAGAAGGACGUCGGAGGAGUAAAAAACCGAAAGGACUGAGGACAGCUCCAACUAAACGUGUGGUCGCUUAAAUUAUUAUCACACUAUAAAUGUAAAGUUAUUUAUUUUGUACAUACAUUUGUUCCGCUGAAUACUAAACUAUGAUUUUCCCGUGGGACCGCUGGUACUCUAGCAGCUGUUGUUUGUGCUGCCAUGUCCGGACUGGCACUAUCAUUCUGGGUAUUUGGUAUAUGAUUAUCAAUGCAGUGGUGCUACUCAUUCUACUUUCUGCCCUCAGUGACCCUUACCAGUAUCAUAUAACAACGGCUGAACUAGGCAAUGAAUUCGAUUUCAUGGAUGAUGCAAAUAUUUGCAUUGCUGCUGCCAUAUCCCUCCUUAUGAUAUUAAUUUGCGGAAUGGCAACAUAUGGUGCAUACAAGCAACAUGCUUCCUGGAUCAUUCCAUUCUUCUGCUACCAGAUCUUUGACUUUGCACUUAACACCUUGGUUGUAAUUAGUGUUGUUGUAUAUCCUACCACAAUUCAGGACUACCUCCAACAGUUGCCUGGUAAUUUCCCAUAUAAAGAAGAGAUUAUGUCAAUGAAUGCCACAUGCCUGGUUCUGAUUGUGCUGGUCUUCAUCGGGGUCAUUCUGGCAUUUAAGGCAUACCUGAUUGCCUGUGUGUGGAACUGCUACCGGUAUGUCAGUGGCAGGGGUUCUGACGAUGUCUUGGUGUAUGUGCCUACUAAUGAUACUGCGAUACUGUUGCCACCAUAUGAUGAAUCGAUGACUGUCCCUACUAAGUAUCCACCACCUCCUUAUGUCUCUGCUUGAAAGUGGAGGACAACAACUAUAGGGAACAACCCUACUUACCUGUCCUGUUAUGUUUUGUUUUUUUUUUGCUGCAGCUUAGUUUAUCAUUCUGACAAUGAACCAGUACAUUAUCUGGCUGUUUCUAGUGAGUUUGAAAUACUGUAUAUGUUUGAUCAUGUUUCUCUAUUGCUGUGUUGUUACCACUUACUUUUUACCUGAUUUAAAGAUAGGGUCAUUGUAACAAAUCAUUUGAAAAAAAAAAAAAAAUCAAAAAUCAAAACGUGGAUUCCUGCAGUGCACCACAAUUUUCAAGAAAGUGAAAUAUUGGUGCUCACCACUGAUCAAGCACUCUUUCUACAGUGUCCCAUGUCCCUAUUGAGUAUAACAUUAAUUUAUGUUGUAAGAAUAUGAAGCUUGCUUGAAGGGUUGAUGGGUAAUGGAAGGGCUGUGCUCUUUUUUGAAAGUAAUAUAACAUAAAACAAAAAUGUGUAAUUAUUUCAAUUAAUAUGUCUGACAUUCAAAAUACAUUCAAAAUACAAUGAUUUUCUUUCUGGUGUGGCGCAAUAUUAAGAAAACAAAUCAUUUAUUUAAAGCUCUAAGUGUGAGUGGGACUCCAAAGAACUGAUCCUGCUGUUCUCUAAGUGUUAACUAUUAAUUGUGUCCAACAAGAUUGUGUGUAAUUAAUUUGUCAUUUUCUUAUAAUGUAUCUUGAUAUACUGUAUUGCAAAGGAAACUACUGGUUAAAGACUAAGGCUUUUUCAAUUGCACAACAUGACUGCACUCUAUAGUGUAUCCACACUACUGUAUGUGGCAACUGAAGAAAAUGCCUGUCGAUCAAAAAACUCUCAUUACAGCAGUUCCUUGCAUUGUGAUUGUCAUCCCAUAUAUCUUUUGAUAUGUCUGUGAAUGUGUGUCAUGUUGUGUAUUACUGAUGCUUUCCAAACAUCUCAUACUAAUACCAGUGGGAAUACCAUUCAACCGUUUAUACUACAGUAAAAUGCAUUUGUAGUUGACAUUACUUACAAUAUAUUAUUUUGCCUGAUAUUAUGCACUAAGUAGCAAACUCAAACAUCAGAUGAGCCAAACAUGUUUAUUUUAUUAAUAUUAACAUUUUAAAAAAUUGAAAUCAAAACUGGAUUAAUCACAGGAAAUAAUUUCAGUGGGAGGAAACCUCUCAAGGUGGGUGCUAGGAAAAUGAAAAAAGUACAAGGUGUAAAAAGGUGAUGUACUAUAGAUCAUUGUCAGCAAUUAUGGCAGCCCAUUUUUCUUUCCAGAAGCACUUUCUCAGAAAAUUGAUAAUUAGUGGUCACUUGAUUUCCUUUAAACACAAUGAAGUUCAAACAUGAUCAGAGAUGGCCACGAAACCUGUGACAAAGGUACAGCCUUAGUCAUGACCAAGCUGGUUCUCAUUAUUUAUUUAUUUAUUUAUCUUUGCCAUCUUUUAUUAUACAGAUUUAAUUAAUUGAUUGAUUGUUUGAGUUGCACUUCUCAGUAUUUGUUUUGGACUAAUAAAGUCUUGGAAAGUU